AACUUGGGGCUAACCACAACAGUAUUCACUUCUAGACCGACUAUCUGAUCAUAUGAAUGACUACUUUGCUCUUGACAUUCGUAAUCUUGUUCGUUUUUAGAGAUUGUAAUAUUUUAUUCCUCUCGAAAAUAUUGAUUUUUUAAGAAGAAGAGAUGAACAAGAUCGCGCUAAUCGGAUCGUUGGUGGUCAUCGCUUUUGCCACUGUUUUCGCGCGUGAUUUGCCCAAUUUCAUUCACGUUUGCAAGAGGAACGAUCCAAAUUUGAGCAAAUGCAUAACGAACAGCGUGAAUCAUCUUAAACCGUAUUUAAAAACGGGAUUACCCGAAUACAACAUACCCCCUUUGGAACCAUUUUCGUUGAAAGAGUUGGUAACCACGAGUGGAGGAAACAUUAAAUUGAAGCUGAAAAACAUUAAUGCAUAUGGAGCGAGUAAUUUCACGAUAACGAAGUUGAAAAGCAACAUAGAAACUUUAAAUUUCAUAGUCGAUUUGGAUUUUUCAAAUCUCGUCAUAAAAGGGGAAUACGACGUGGAUGGACAAAUAAUCUUGCUACGAAUUCAUGGAAACGGACCUUUAAGUGGCCUGUUCAACAAUUGCAAGGCAAUUGUGAAAAUGCAAAUGGAGAUGAUCAAGGGAAAGGAUGAUCAGAAUUACAUAAAAAUGAUCGAUCUUCAAACCAAGAUCUUCGUUGGAUCUGGCUCUUUGAAGUUGGACAAUCUUUUCGGUGGUGAUCCAGUUCUUGGAGAUGCUAUCAACGUUGCUAUCAAUAGUAAUUUCGACUCUUUUAUAAAAGAAAUAAUACCUGUCAUCGAGAGCGCCAUCUCGAGUACAUUCAUUGAUAUUUCGAAUAGUAUUCUGCUGCAGUUCCCUUAUGAGAUACUUUUCCCAGAAUCAUAGAUAUUUUAACGUGGAUCAAAAUCUUCUUGAACGAUUGUGGAUUAUAUUAUUAAUAUCAUUAAUGGAAUUUGAUAAAUUAAUAAUUUUUUUUUUCUAUAAUGAUAAAACAAAUUAGACAGUUAAACAGGUUAAAUUGAUGAAAUCUUGAAAGUGAAUUUUAAGAAAUUAAUAUUGUAUCAAAUUUUGAAUAAUUGAAAUGAUGACUUUUUAUGAAUUUGAAUUAAUGGAAAUAUGUUAUAUUAAUAUUAUGGUUCCAAAAAUCAUUUUGCAACUCUUUUGUGGUUCACAAUUGAGAUUUGGAAUAAUUAGGAAUUUGAUUGUAUGUCUCAAGUGAUUUUGCAAAAUUUUGUAAAAUUGUAAUUUAGUUAUUUCAUUAAUAUUAUUAAUUAACAUUUCUUUUAUGAUCUCGUUACAAAUAUUCAUAUUCCAUGCAAUGGAAAAGAACAAAACUUAAGAUUUUCUAGAAAUUGUAUUCAAAUAUUUCUUUAUAUUGAAUUAAUAGCUGUUUAACGAAGCAUUAUAGUACAUUAUUGUGCAAGAAGAUUUAGAUCUGAAUUUUAUUAUACGUUCAAAAAUGAUAAUUCAUUUUAUUUUAAUGUAUGUUCAAUUUGCACUUUGAAAAUAAGAAUUGUCAGUUUUCUUUUUCUUUUUUUUUUUUUUUUUUUGUCGAUUCACAAGUACAAAAAAAUAAGUGUUACUGUUUUUCAAUGGUUCUUCAUUCUUCUGAUAAUUUGAUUCUUGGAUAAUUUGAUUGUUAAUUAAUGUAUGCGUUAUAAUGUAAUGUAUACGAGGUUAAAAUGUGCCAAAUAAACAAAUUACAAAUUACAAUUA